AGUGUUACAUUAAUAAUCGACAUGUAUUCAUUAAAAGUUAAAUUAAUAAUGAUAACUAUUGGAAUUUUUAUAGUUUUUGAUGAUACCUAUGCUAGUCCUCGUAUUGCAGGAUGUAUAAAUGUGCUAAUCGAUGAAGGAUACUUUUCCAAAGAAGAUGGUAUUGCAAAUUAUGUUAAUUUGUUUUCUAAGUUUGUCAAUAAAUAUCAUAGAGCUAUAGAACGAUUUGACGAAUUGGUUUUAAAUUCUUUUUCUGAUCAACCAGAAGAAGAUAUUAAUUUUCUUGAUCAAUUAUACAUGCGUGAAAUGAUACCAGAAAUAAAUAAAAUUGAAAUGGAUAACGCAGAUAUUUGGUGUACAUCUCAUGCAGUUGAAGCUAAAAGCAGUAAGAAAGACGGUGAACCACAAGAAGGCAAUCCUGUAGAAUCAUGUAAAGAAGAACUAAAAACGAGAGGAUUCAUUUAUACGCAUGGUAUAACUAAUUACGCUUUUCAUAUGAAACAACCUUCUUUAUUACCAUAUUUUACUACUGAUCUUAAGAAGGAGCCUAAAACAUCUAAUGACUGGUGUACGAAAUAUUCAAAAAAUGGUUAUAUAAAUGGAUAUUCUGUUGAAGCAAGAAAAAAAUUACAAACCUUGUUUUGAGUGUGUGUUGGAAUAUUAAAAGUUCAUGGAUUUAGAAAAGAGAAUACAGGACAAGAUAAUUAUAAUUUUUUGAUGACUGAAACCCGAUAUAUAGAUAAAUAUACCAAGUAUAUUGUUGACGCGUCUAAAUUAUUGAAAGUCAGUCCUUUAAUUAUUGGCCCAUCUAAAUGGUGUUUAGAAAGAUGUUUGAAACAAUUGCCUAAAGAAGCGGACGCUAAAUGGGCACAAUCGACAUGCAAAACGGAAAUUAAUAAAUCGCUUAAAGAAAUUAAUACACCAGAUAAUGACAUAUACGUUUAAUAAGAUAAGAUUUUUUUAAAACUGUUUGUUAUCAAUAUAAUGUAUAAUUUUAUUCAUAUUAAGUUUCUUUAAUUUGUCUUUUAUAGUUUCAUGGUUAAUUUUAAAAUUAAGUGCACUGUUAUAAAUAGUUGGAAUGAUUUACCUAUAGUAACAUCCUAUAAAAUAAACUGAUCUAAUUAUAUUGGAAUAAACUCGGUAUAAGUAUACUAAUAC